AUGCAUAUGAAUUCUGGGUGGCAUAAAGAUGCAAUAGAAAAGUCAAAUAAUUUCAUUAGUGUUGUGACAAACAAAACUAAAAGUGUGGAAGAACUCGCCAACGAGAAUCUUCCAAAAUUAGUACAAACUAAUCAUGCAAAGUUAAAAUCAAUUGUUUCUUGUGUAUUGUUUUGUGCAUUACGUGACUCACCUUUAAGAGGAGAAACAAAUUCAGAUGUUGUAUUUGAUGUUUUGUUACAAUUUAGAUUACAGUCAGGUGACGAAACACUGUGGAAACGUUUUGAGGGUGCGCCUAAGAAUGCUACCUAUGUUUCUCAUAGAACCCAAAAUGAUUUAUGUGCCAAAGUACUAAGAAAUGAUUUGAUUAAUACCAUCAAUAACAGAGAAUCAUUUUCAGUUUUCGCAGACAAAUCAAUGGAUAUUGCAGGCACAGAACAACUUUCUCUUUCUGCACGUUAUUUUGACCAUGCAACUAAUGUUGUCAGAGGAGACUUCCUUGGAUUUACACCAUUAGCAACGUUAGAUGUAAAACAUAUCUCCAAUACAAUAAUAUCUACUUUAUCUGCUUGGGGUUUAAAUCUAGAUAAAAUGGUAGGACAAGACUAUGAUGGGUGCAGUAUGAUGGCCGGUAAAGUUGGCAGAGUACAGAAGAUAAUUGCUGAGAAAUAUCCCAAGGCUCGCUUCUAUCGUUGUGCUAGCCAUUGA